CCGUGCUUUUCUCCCAGCAGCAGUGAGCUGACAGGAUGUAAUGUGGGCCAUGGAACAAACGUGUGCUGGACUCCGCUGAUCGCUCUCCGGACUAACUGUGGACCCAAGCCCCCCCAGCUGCUGCUGCAGACACUGGCGCUCCACCUGAGCCACGGCGACCAGCAGCGCUCGAUGGGAACCUGCUCCUCCAGCUGACGUCUACUAUGUGUGGAGGGAUGGCGCUGUCUUUUCUUCUCUUCUUCUCUGCUGUGUUGCCCUUCCUCAGAGUGUCUGCAUCCUAUAAUAGAUCUUCUGGUUGCGCUAUCAUCCGUCCUCCCAGAGAUGGAGGGAUAAGGUACAGAGGUCUGACCCAAGAGCAGAUCCGCAGUGUGCAGGUGCUUCCGGUAGACUAUGAGAUAGAGUACAUCUGCAGGGGCAACAGGGUGAUUGCGGGACCCAAGGUCAGGAAGUGUUUGCCCAACGGCACUUGGACCGAUCUGAUCCAGCGCAGCAGAUGCUUGUUAUUGUGUCCUCGGGUAUGGACAUCAUUGGAAAAUGGCCGUGUGUCUUCUUGGCCCCUGGGGCCCCCAGUGGAAGGGACAGUGCUACAUUACAGCUGUCUGCCUUCCUUCAUCCUCAUGGGUCGAAACUCAACACAAUGCAAUAAGAUGGGCCAGUGGGACACGCCCAAACCUGUGUGUCACUAUGAUCGCCACUACAAAGGCAAGAAAAAGCUCUACAUCGGAGCGCUGUUCCCCAUGAGUGGAGGCUGGCCCGGAGGACAAGCCUGCCUCCCCGCUGCACAGAUGGCUCUGGACCUGGUCAAUAAGAGGGCCGACAUAUUGCCGGAGUACCAGCUGGAGCUGAUACACUAUGACAGUAUGUGCGAUCCAGGUGAGGCCACCAAGCUGCUCUACGACCUUCUGUACACGGAGCCCAUCAAAGUGGUGCUGAUGCCCGGCUGCAGCUCUGUGUCCACGCUGGUGGCCGAGGCUGCUCGCAUGUGGAACCUCAUAGUGUUGUCGUAUGGCUCCAGCUCUCCGGCUCUGUCUAAUCGCCAGCGGUUUCCCACCUUCUUCCGCACCCAUCCGUCUGCCACGCUGCACAACCCCACUCGGGUGCAGCUCUUCCAGAAGUGGAAAUGGACCAAGAUUGCCACCAUUCAGCAAACAACCGAAGUGUUCACAUCAACUCUGGAUGAUCUGGAAGAGAGGGUGAAGGAAGCAGGGAUUGAAAUCAGCGUUCGUCAGAGCUUCCUCAGCGACCCUGCUGUGGCUGUCAAAAACCUUAAGCGCCAGGAUGCAAGAAUUAUUGUUGGUCUGUUCUAUGAGACGGAGGCCAGGAAAGUCUUCUGUGAGGUGUACAAGGAGAAGCUGUAUGGGAAGAAGUAUGUGUGGUUCCUCAUCGGCUGGUAUGCAGACAACUGGUUUAAGAUCAAGGACCCGUCCAUUAACUGCACCGUGGAGCAAAUGAGCGAGGCUGUGGAGGGUCAUGUGACCACUGAGAUUGUCAUGCUCAACCCAGAGACGGUGCGAGGGGCCUCCAACCUGACCUCUCAGGAAUUUCUAGCUCAGCUGAUGUCGAAACUCGGUGGUAAAAAUCCAGAGGAGACGGGCGGUUUCCAGGAGGCCCCCUUGGCCUACGAUGCUGUGUGGGCUCUAGCCCUGGCCCUGAACAAGACCGUGGGACCCCUAAAGGCUAAGGGUUACCGGCUAGAAGAUUUCAAUUACAACAACCGGUAUAUCACAGCUGAGAUCUACCGAGCCAUGAAUACUAGCUCCUUUGAAGGAGUUUCAGGUCAUGUUGUAUUUGAUGCUCAAGGAUCCCGAAUGGCCUGGACUCUUAUUGAACAGCUUCAAGGAGGGAGCUAUAAGAAGAUUGGAUACUACGACAGCACUAAAGGCAAUCUGUCCUGGUAUGGGAAUGACAAGUGGAUAGGCUCAGGUCCGCCUGCAGACCAGACAGUGGUCAUCGAGGAGUUUCGCUACCUGUCCCAGAAGAUCUUUGUGUCCGUGUCUGUUUUUGCGGGGUUGGGAAUCCUGCUGGGAAUCAUCUGCCUCACCUUCAACAUAUACAACAGCAAUGUCAGGUACAUUCAGAAGUCUCAGCCCUACCUUAACAACAUGACUGCCGUGGGCUGCAUGAUGGCGCUGGCUGCUGUCUUCCCCCUGGGCAUCGAUGGCCUUCAUGUCCACAGGAGACAGUUCCCCAUCGUCUGCCAGUUUCGCCUUUGGCUGCUCGGUCUGGGUUUCAGCCUCGCCUACGGCAGCAUGUUCACCAAGAUCUGGUGGGUCCAUACCGUCUUUACCAAGAAAGAAGAGAAGAAGGACAAGAGAAAGCAGCACCUGGAACCAUGGAAACUCUAUGCAACCGUUGGUGUUUUGCUCGGCAUCGACAUCCUCUCUCUCAUGAUCUGGCAGAUUGUGGAUCCUUUACAUAUCACAGUGGAGAAGUUCACCAGAGAAACCCCCAAAGGAGACCUGGAUGUUCUGAUUCAGCCUUUACUGGAACACUGCAGCUCAGAAAAGAUGAACACCUGGCUGGGCGUUGUGUAUGGUUAUAAAGGAUUGCUGCUGCUGCUCGGCAUCUUCCUGGCCUAUGAGACCAAGUCCAUCUCCACAGAGAAGAUCAAUGACCACCGAGCCGUGGGCAUGGCCAUCUACAAUGUUGCUGUGCUGUGUAUGAUAACAGCUCCAGUCACCAUGAUCCUGUCCUCCCAGCAGGACGCCUCCUUCGCAUUUGCUUCCUUGGCCAUAGUCUUCUCAGUCUACAUCACUCUGGUUGUUCUGUUCGUCCCCAAGAUGCGGCGUCUGGUCACACGGGGUGAGUGGCAGUCAGAUGCCCAGGAGACCAUGAAGACUGGCUCGUCCACUAAUAACAAUGAUGAGGAAAAGUCCCGACAGCUGGAGAGAGAGAACAAGGAGCUCCAGAAGAUCAUCCAGGAGAAAGAAGAGCGUGUGUCUGAGCUAAGAAACCAGCUGUCGGAGCGGCAGGCCCUGCGGUCCAGGAGAAGAGCGUCCACUGUCUCUAAUCAGAAUCACAGCUCUUCAACUCCUGCCAUUCCCCAGAGUGACCCCAGGUCCCUGGCCCCUCCUCCAGGGUACCCCGUCCCAAUCUCUGACCUCCACCCCAUCCCUCCGUCCUUCGGCAACUCGUCCAGCCUUUAUCAGCCGGACAGCAAGAUCAGCCGGAAUAACUGCCACACUAGCCGGCUGCAGCUGCUCUACAAGUGAGGGAACAGCAAUGAGGUUCAUAACUACCAGAAGAUUUGAAAAAAUAACCAACUUAUUACCUGUUGGGGGGGCUGACUCCAUAACUUGUUCCACCAAUCAGCAGAGGCUAGAGGACAACCAGUUUCGGAGUUGAUCUAUCAAAAUGUAAUUUUUUGUUUUUCCAGAAAUAUGAUGUACAUAUGCCCACAUUUUGGUAAUUGUACAAUUUUGCAUCUAAUCUGCCAUUGAUUUAUCAUGUGCCAUCUACAAGUUGAAAAAGAAAAUUGCAGUCAGAAAUUGACUGUUUGCUAAGCACUAGCCCCCUUAGCUACAGUUGCUAACCUGUCAAGCUUUCCAUUGUAACACUGCUCGUAAUGCAGUUUACUACAGAUUUACUACCAGAAUUGAUGUUAAUUUACGAAUCUAAAAAUCCUUGUCUAUAGA